AUGGCAGUAGAUAAGGAAGUUGGUGAGCCAAUAUACCCGGACAAUCUCAAAUAUUCUCAAUUGAAGUUUGUUACGAAAUUACUACAUUGCAAGAAUCGCAACAAAUGUAGUGAUAAAGCUUUUGAUGAGUUGCUCCUUUUGCUUGGAGAUGUGUUCCCGGAUAAACAUAAGCUUCCUCUCAACUACAAUGCUGUUAAGAAGAUGGUUAAACGGUUGAAUAUAAGAAAUUGCAAGUAUUGUAAAUUGAGUCGAUAUAAAGCUACAACAAAUGCUGGGAAUAAUACUGUUCCAAGAAAGGUUUUGAGACAUUUCAAAAUCACUGACCGUUUGCAGCGUUUGUACAUGUCUACCCGCACGGCUGCACAUAUGAAGUAUCACAAGAACAGAACUGUGACUGAAGGGGUUCUCACUCAUCCUGCAGAUGGAGAAGAAUGGAAAGAGUUCGAUAAGAAUUAUCCUGAUUUUUCAGCGGAGAUUCGUAAUGUCAGGCUUGGCCUUGCAACCGAUGGAUUUCCCCUGUACAGAAAUGCUACCUCUACUGUUUCCUCAGUAUGGCAUGUUGUGCUACUUGUGUACAACCUUCCACACACUAUGGUUACAAAGGAUCCAUAUAUGUUCAUGACACUGCUGGUACCCGGGCCGAAUGAUCCAGGAAAGAAUUUGAAUGUGUAUCUCAGGCCUCUAAUUGAUGAGUUGAUCACUUUAUGGAAUGUUGGUGUGGAGACAUUUGAUGCUUCUGCGAAGACUAAUUUUAUGAUGCGAGCAGCCCUAUUAUGGACUAUAAGUGACUUUCCUGGGUUGGGAAUGGAAAGGGCAUUUGGAUUUGGAGAUUGGCAUAACUGGACGCAUGUCACUUGCUUUUUUGACUUGCCAUAUUGGGAUUCCUUGCGUCUUCGUCAUUGCAUUGAUGUCGUGCACACGGAGAAAAAUGUAUUUGAUAACAUUUUUCACACUAUUCUCGAUAGCGUAAAAACAAAGGAUACCAUAAGAUCAAGAAAGGACUUGGAAGCAAUGGGCAUCAUGCAAGAGUUAUGGCUUAAUGGUACACGCAAGCAAAAAGCUAGAUAUAGCCUAACCCGGGAUCAGUUAAAAUUGCUAUGUAAUUGGGUUCAUCGAGUGAAACUCCCGGAUGGUUGUUCAUCAAACUUGAAGAGGUGUUGUAAGAGAUCCCAGUUAAACUUUCAAGGCAUGAAGUCACAUGAUUGUCAUGUAUUUAUGCAGAAGUUACUGCCUUCUGCUUUUCAUGAACUUCUUCCAGAUGAUGUGCAUAAAGUACUAUUUGAAACAAAUGGAAAAAACAUAGCCGGGAUUGUUUGUACUUUGGAGACUAUAUUCCCUCCGACUCUUUUUGAUCCAAUGGAGCAUCUUCUUGUUCAUUUGCCGGAGGAGUGCAGACUAGGUGGCCCUGUCCCAGAAAGAUGGAUGUAUCAUGUUGAAAGACUACAAGGCAAAAUGAAACAUAAAGUAGGGAACAAAGCACGUGUUGAAGGAUCCAUUGCAGAAAAAUACAUAUAUGAGGAGUUAACACAUUUCUGUUCCAUGUACUUUGAGUCUGAAGUUGAUACAGUGCACAACAUGCUAGGUCAUAAUAUGGUUCAUGAUAUUUCAAGUAUGUUCGAAGCAGAGAUUCGCAAUCAUACUCCACACGUACUAAGUGAUAGUGAGAUGGAUACAAUGAUGGAGGAUAAUUUUGCAAAGUGGUUUCAAGUCAAGGCACAACACAACAACAAACAGUUGCAAUAUUUGUUGGGAGUCCCAGCUUCUUAUGUGAUUUCUUAUAAAAGAUGUUGGGUGAAUGGGUAUUCAUUCAAGUUAGGAAAAUCAAGUUCGGGGAUACUUGUCAAGGGAAGUUGUUACGGUGGUAGUGGAAGCAAUUAUUAUGGAAGUUUGCUGGAAAUUCUGAAAAUAACAUAUGGUGGUGGAAAUCAAGUGUUUCUAAUGAAAUGUCAUUGGUAUGACCAUGUUAGGGGCGUAAAGAAAGACAAAAAUGGAGUGCUUUUAAUUGAUCUCAAUUCAAAACUGAAAGGAUAUGAUGUUUACAUUCUAGCAAGUCAAGCCACUCAAGUGUACUAUACUCCUAGUGUAAAGAAUCCAAAUAUGGAAAGUGAAGAAGAUGAAGAAAAUGAAAUUGAAGCGGGGGAUGAUCACGAGGAGGAUGACGAAGAAGAAGAAGAACAAGAAGAAGAAGAAGAUGGUUAUGAUAGCAUCGAAGUGGAUAGUGGAGAAGAAUAUUGA